AGAAAUUACCGCAUUGCCUAAGUUGAUGUGGACUUUGCAACAACAAAAUCAACAAUAUGAAAGAUGAAACGUAAUAUUCACCAGUGGUUACAAAUAUGAAAUAUGGCCUCAGUUGAAGACCGAAGUCCACAACAUUCAAUGAUGACUGAACAUAGUCAAAGUAGGAAAAGGAAGCGUACUGAAGAGAAUGGCCAAAAAUCGGUAAGCAUUUUUUAUCAUAGAUCGUAUUUUGGGCUACUGGCAUGCGAGGCUUUAAUAUACUCUACGUGUACAAACGUGUUCCACUGUUCUUGAAUGCAAAUUGUGUUUCAUGAUUUUAAUAAAUAUGUAUUACAAAUAAAUAGUUUCAUUGUGUGAAAAGCGUUGUCAGAAAUGAUAACAUUUAGAGCAAGUAUUACUAUUAGAUACUUUUUUAACAAUUGACAAGGAGGUUGUUUGGCUGCGAAAUGCGUUUCGUGAGUCGAGGCCUGUGUUAAUUCAAUUCAAUUAUUAAAUUACACAUUCUAGCACGAAAUACUAUAAUAAUACUAGGUUUUGUAAGUAGAUUUGCGAAAUAUAGAUUUUUGUGUGGAAAAAUAUAUUGGUUAAUUAUUAACCAAUUUCUGGCAUUUUUAUUCAAAACAAAGAAAGCUGCAUUUUUAAAUGCAGUACCUGUCACUUUUGAAUUUCCUUUGACUGGACAGCUGGCAGCCAGCUAUGUGGUGAAAAUUCUAGCAAUUGCACCGAUUAUAUCCCCUCCCCUCAUGCAUGAACCCAACUGCACCCCUUACCCUCACUCAAUCUAACUGGUAAAUGUAAACCAAACCACUUCUUGUAAACAAAAUGUAAACCAAAAAUUCUAGCAAUUGCACCGAUUAUAUCCCCUCCCCUCAUGCACGAACCCAACUGCACCCCUUACCCUCACUCAAUCUAACUGGUAAAUGUAAACCAGUAAAACAUAGUAAACAAUUUGUGGGUUAAGGAGGCUCCCUGCAGUUAUAUGUAGAAUUUGAAGUUGGGACCUGGUCAGACGUCAUUAUCAUGUCGUGCGCUUGGAAAAUUUGAUGUAAUUUUUGAGUGCUUAAUCUUGAAAAGAACGACACUGGUAUUUUAAAAUCAUACAUAGUUGAAAUUAAAAGUAUGUACUCCUUACAAGAACGUCUAUAGGCCAAUAUAGGUUUUUAUAAGCAAUUGGAACAUUUUCUAUAGGUGCCUAUAGGCUUCUAUAGCAAAUUGGAACAUUUCCUAUCUAGGCACCGAUAGGCCACCUAUAGACUUUUUUCAUAAGGGAUAUAAUGACAUACUGUGUGUUGUCAACGGCAGUUUGAAAAGUUUUGUUUAUUAUGUUUUUUCGCGUUUUUGAUGUUCAGUACAACUAGAAGACCCUGGGGACGAGGUUGCAUUUACAAAAUGUUCAAAAUCUUUGACAUGUCGAAAGUCAAAACAGUGAAAUAUCAAUAUUACUGUAGUGAUGUAAAACUUGAUUUUUUUAAAUGCUGGUGACUACCAAUAAUUAUAUGUGUCACUGUCAGUAAUAUUUUAUAUUUAUUUAAUAUGUAAUAGUUAAUAUCAAAGACUAGCUUUUCGCAUUCAACUUGAAUCAUCUAACUGUUUUACUUUAUAUAUAUGAGUUGAUCCACUUUAUGAAACAGAUUGUUAACAAAAUAAUUUUAAUAGUUUUGAAUAGUUUUACAGGUCUUUAUACUGAUUUUCCAAACACCUCUGUCAACAAGUGCAAAUUUAAAAAAGUUUCAGGCAAAAUAUUUUUCCAUUCUUACAGUCUCAGAUAAACUGUAUUUUUUAUUCUCAAUAAUCGCAAACAAAUCACAAAUAUUAUUGAAGUCAGAAAGUCAAUGUGAAAAAAAAAGUCAAUAUCCACUAUGUGCACAUGUAUGCAGGUGGAAAGUACACAAAAUAUUAGGUCCAUCCAUGGGAGUAUAAUCCCACAGGAAAAUUGAAGUGCUGAUUUUUCUGACGCCAUUCACUAACAUUUCACAUACGGUAACAUUUAAAAAUAAUCGUAUUUUGUACUUUAUUUCAGUUGAGCCGCUACGCAGGCUAUAACAUGUUCCUGUGUUAUACAACUAGGCAAUUAUCAACAUUUUAUUUACAAUUCAAUUUGGCAUGCAAUCAUUAAUUUACCAUUAAUAUAUAAUGAAAUAUCAUAAAUAACCACAUGCAAAGAAACACUGACAAAAAUUGUUAGAAAUUGAUCGAUUUUAACCAUAACCAUAUUUCAUUGUAGUUUUUAAUGAGAAGUAUACAGGACGUAUAAAACCUGCUUAGCGAAGCAGAAAGAGAAUAAAAGCAUGCUUCACAAUCAUGUGACUUAAUCUAACAAUAAGUGAGUCAUUAUACUAAUGUUUAUAUGAAGUAUUCACUUCAACAAAAAUCACCAUUGUUGUUAAUGCGUUUGUCGGCAAGAAUCAAAAAUAUAUUUUGCCCUUAAGGUGGUAGUCUACCCUAAAUCACCAAAAUCACUGUUUUAGCUCUACCAAACAAUUUAAUCAAUCAUCACAAAAUUUGGCACAUACAUAGAUGACUAUAAUUAAUUUGACAUGUAUGUAGUCUAUGUACAUUAUGGUUUCCAUUGAAACCGGAAAUAACUACGUCUUAUGCCUAAGUUUGUGGAAGCAAUAUCUUAAAAGGCAAAAUAGGUAACAUGUUCAAACUUUAUCAAGUUGCUCAGAUAAGUAUAAGUUGAGUAGUAUGGAAUAAGUAGGCAGAUUUUUAUUUCAUAUUUUACAUUUGUCCGAAUCGUAAAAAAAUGCAGUUUCCAUGGCAACCAAUUAAAUAUUGCAUUUUUUUAAAAACUGUCUGCGUAUACCAUAAACGACCAAAAGAUACAGGCACAUACCGGUACUGUAAAAAAAUGAAGGCAAUUCAUCAAAUUUCCUUUGAUUUAGAGUUUCCACAAAUUCAACACUGUGAAAAUCUGCUAUUUUGAGAAAAUCAAGGUUAAACAUAAACAAAUGUUUUGAAUGGUCCAAUUCAAAAUAGUCCACUCCUUUCCUACAGGGUUCCAAUAAAUAAUCAUGAUCUAUAUUAUUUAGACUUGAAACAAUAUAGAACUACACUGUAUAACACAAUGGGAAAGUGAAUAGCGACUAGAGUGUAUGUAACUAUAUAUAGAAGUAUGUUAAUUGCAUCUUGCUCACUAUUUAUAGAGUUGUCACAAAAAACUGAACAUACAUAUACAUAAUACUUUAUUUUGACACGCUAGCCUCAUCAACAUCAGCUGUUUUUCAUGAGGGGCGUGUUAACUAACUAAUUACACAAAUAAUAUGUACAAAUUAAAGUUACAUGAAGCAUACAAAGACUAACAGGUAGACAAAAAUAUAUAAAGUAACAAAACAAAUAAAUAUUAUUGAGGACAAGUCAGCUUCACCUCGCCAUAGAUUUUAUAAUUCUCUUGAAUGAGUAAACGGAAUCAUUCAGCACCUUGCUUCAAUAGACAGAUUAUUCCAAUGUAUUUAAAACUUCUUUUAAGAAAUUCUUUCUUUGUCACGAUUCCUAAGAUCAUAAGGGGAAUUGCCUAAGGGGAGUACUUCAUAAGGUUUAUCAUUCUCACACUUGAUGAGUAGCUGCUAUAUAUCUACCAGCUACUAGUUACCGCAACAGUAAUGCAGGCAACCAUCUUCCCUAAAGUCAUUUUGCCACAUCCCUUUUUUCCCAAGCAAUAUACCCUUCAACCACGGACCAGCUAAUUCUUGCAAGAGCUACCAAUCAUCAUGGCUUUUACCGGCCUUUUCCAUUUGGAUAAGGGAACUGAUGCUUUCUUUGUUAUGCUAUAUUAUAAACCAUUAAUAACCCUUCAUAACCAAAUCGGAUAUGAAGGCAUACAUCUGUGACUCACAUGAUGGUACCCACCAACCCGGCUUACCACCAUGACUGGUAGCUGCCAAAUAGGUUCCCAACCAUUAGUCCUUGGGGGAUUAGUAUUAUAAAACAGAGUAAUUUAGACAUUUUCUUUCGUAUUUGGUUAAAAUAGCUGAUUUGUUUGACAACAAAAACUGUAUUUAGCUGCCAUUUGAUAAAAAAAUUGCUCAAAUAUACUGUAGGACAUCAUCCUGCAACUUGAAUCAUGUUGCAAUUUCAUGAUCAACAUCUGAAUAUAUGCUGCAUAAAGUCCAAAUAUUUUUGUGCCUUGCGAUUCAUAAUACUUCUGUUCCUUUCUAUUUUCUCAACAGUAGUGCUUAGUAGUCCUUUUGGCCACACAUAGUUACAACCAGACACACAAAUAGCGGCAAGAUUGUCCCUGACAGCCGAAUAACUACAAAGAUAGCCAUUAUGGCGGCAGCGCCAUUACUGAACUUUUCAGCCCUUUCUUGUGUGUAUUUAUCAAUAUAGCCGUUUGUUUUCUUUCUCGUUACCUACAGUAUCUUAGCUUUGUUCCAUAAUUAUUCUUUAUUUCUAGCAUAAUUGUAAUGUCCGAUGACUGCAGACACAAAUUAAUAUCAGCACAAUUUGGAAAAGUCAUUUUUAAUUUCCAUACCCCACGGUGAAAACCCCGCUGUUGAUUACACAUUUCCAGUUCACUUUUUCCACAUCAGUGCUCUGAUUCUCCAUUUAACAUACGAGCCUCUAGUCCUGGACAAGGGUCGAUGUUGAUUUACGUUGGACAAAUUUUGGGUCGGACACCAAUUCACUCGGGUUGGACAAACAACAAACCUCAGUUUUACUUAGGUCAGACAGAAUGUCCAGUGGUUUCCUCUCUACGUCGGACAAUUUCACAACCUGGAUAAUAAUUCACGACCUUUUAAGACCUGGAUAAUAAUUAAUAAAUGUUGUUAAACCCAGUAAGGCAUUGAGCUGUGUAGAGGGCGUGUAAAACAAAAUAGGGUGUUGUUUUUCGACGACAAGAGAAAGGUAGUAUACUGUAGGUAUUUUACUUUUUUCAUCUUUUCUCGCUAAAGUCAAGCUGUAAUACUUGUUCGCCUUCAGUUUCGUGACCCAAGAUUCUGUUUUUGUACGUCUAACCCGCGGAAGACAAUCAAAUGACUUACAUUCACUUCAUGCAAACAACAUUCAUAAACGACCUCGACAACGCCUUAGUGUUUGAAAGCUCAAACAUUUUGACAAACCGUUGCCUGUUGCCGUACUCAUGGUGCUUCAAGGGAAAAGCCCAAUGAUACGCCCACAGGAAAAUUGAACUGCUGAUUUUUCUGACGUCAUUCACUAACAUUUUACUAAAAAUAACUGUAUUUUGUACUUGUAUUUCAGUUGAGCCGCUAUGCAGGCUAUAACAUGUUCCUGUGUUAUACAACUAGGCAAUUAUGAACAUUUUAUUUACAAUUCAAUUUGGCAUGCAAUCAUUAAUUUACCAUUAAUAUAUGAUGAAAUAUCAUAAAUAACUUCAUGCAAAGAAACACAGACGAAAAUCACCAUUGUUUUCAUCUUUUCUCGCUAAAGUCAAGCUGUAAUACUUGUUCGCCUUCAGUUUCGUGACCCAAGAUUCUGUUUUUUGUACGUCUAACCCGCGGAAGACAAUCAAAUGACUUACAUUCACUUCAUGCAAACAACAUUCAUAAACGACCUCGACAACGCCUGUGUGUUUGAAAGCUCAAACAUUUUGACAAACCGUUGCCUUUUGCCGUACUGGUGCUUCAAGGGAAAAGCCCAAUGAUAGUCACGGACGUCAUCCGAAAAUUCGUAUAACUAAUUUUGACGGCAUUUUGCAUCAUAUCGGUCGUGCAAAGUAGCAAGGUUUUGUCAUGCAUAUAAAUUAUGUGUUGAAGCUUACCACAAACUGACACACACACAGUUUUCAAUCCAACCCCUCGCCAAUCUGACAUCCGUGUUGACAAAAACGUCGCUUGCUUAAGGUAGAGUAAUACGGGCAACAAAAUUGAUGCAACUUGCAACAAAAUCUGAUUUCUACGCAUGUUAAUUGAAAAUGUUUACACAUACAUUACAAAUGACGAGGCAACAUGUGUCAACAUUUCUACUUAACAUGCGUUGAAAUCAGAUUUUGUUGCAAGUUGCAGCAAUUUUGUUGCCCGUAUUACUCUACCUUUAAGCGCCAAAGCUCAGAUUCCAACGGCUGGAAUCUGAGCCGACUAAGGUCCCUAUAUAUUUACGCAUGUACAAUUUUGCAUUAUCAAUUUCCAUCCGAUAUUCGAUAAUAUGAUAAAUAGAGUACAAAAUAAAACAAAUUCCGAUUUAUGUAUCUUAAAACUCCAAGAUAUGGAUCAAAUUCAAGACAGAACUUUGUAUGACUAUACAUCAGUGGCGUGCUGGCAGGGGGGGCCGGGGGGCCACGCCCCCCCCCCAGCUGGCAAUUCUGGGGGGGGCGCAAAAAUGAAAAGGGGGCGCCGUCCCGUGCGGAAUUUUGAAAGUUGGUGGGAAAAAACGUAUUUGAAAAAAUAUAGUACUUCCGUCAAGAAGUAUAUAUUUAUAUACUGUAGGCUUAUAAACAGAUCGAGACUAAGCGCAUAGACGACAAAGUGAUAUAUUAAAUUACAGACUAUUUGGUCUAACCGUAUUGGCUAAUUUGCUACUUCACAGCUCACACAAAAUCGUUGAUAUAGAAACAUGAUCGGUGAUCACACACAAUGUCUCAUUACCGGAAUAUCUGGUCAGGUUUCGAAGCGAUCACGGGAAUUAUGCCCUUUUUUGCUGGUAUUAUGCCCUUAUAUUAUGAAGGUAUUAUGCUUCACGAAUCACGAGAGCGGCGCGAAUUAGAUAGUUAUGAUAAUGUAAGUUGUGUACACAAUUUAGUUGUUUGUGCAAGAAACAUCAUGACUCAUGAGUAAUGUAAGUGAUAAGAUAAUGCUGAAACGCGCCCUUUCGGCAGUCAAGCAAGGUAACCUUAAAGUGCAUAUGCGCGGGGUCCGUGUGUUAUUGUAUAAAAAGAGCUGUAUGCCGGUAAAUGUAUUCAGAUCACGAGAUCAGUAGAGAAUAGAAUUGGGAUUAGAUUAAUCGCUGGAACUGAGUUAGCAUUGCCCAAUUUAAAUACUACUACUAAAUUCUAACUAAAUUUCAAAUUUCAACACGUUAUAAUGCCGUUUCCUGACCAUCAGAUUUCUGUCAAACCUUCCCCCAAAGUCCAGGAAAUGGCAUUUCAGAGACCCUAAAUUCAAACCCUAAAUUCAAACGACCCUAAUUUUCCGAGGGGGCAUGCCCCCGGACACCCCUAGAGAAACUUCGCACCUGCGGCGCUCGGCUCGUGCCUUCGACACUCGUUUAUCAAGCGUUACAAUAUAGGGGCGCAUAUUAGUUGAAAGCCCACUGGCCCCCCCAGAAAAUUAGUACCCAGCACGCCACUGCUAUACAUAUUUCGACUUUAUUUCAAGCGUUUUAAGCCUUCCUAAGACCAACUGGAAGCUUUGAAAUAAAGUCGAAAUAUAUUAACCAUAUAAAGUUUUGUCUAGAUUUUGAUACAUAUCUUGGAUUUUCAAGAUCUGCAUAUUUGAAUUUGUUUCAUUUGUAUUUUUACAAUUGUGCAUGUUGAGUAAAGAGAAAGAGACAACAUAGAGUGAUAGAGACUAUCGUUGAGAUAGCCUGAAUCAAUUACAUCGCCUAGUGGACAGCGACAAAUUUCUUCGUAUGAACAGGAGAAUUUUAGCGAAAAUUUUGUCGCCGCGACACUGAGAAUUUUGUCGCCGCAACAUGUCGCACAAAUUCAAACUGGUUUGAUUUUGUGCGACCUAUCGCGGCGACAUAGUUCAAAAAAUAUCAUCAUUCCUCUUUGCACAGGGUGAUCGCUAGAUAGUAUACUUCAAAAUAAGGUUUCCGUUUUUAUAACGUAGAAAAACUAUCCUAACAUAAAACUAAACCCUAAUACUAACCCUUACCCUAACCUAACCCUAAACCCUAUAACCUAACCCCAAUUUAUUUUAAAAAUUGAUAUAAAAACGGAAACCUUAUUUUCGCGUAUAUAGUUUAUAUACACUGCGAUGUGCCAUUCUUUGUCCCGACUUUAUUAAAUAUUAGGCCGAUUUCGGAUGCACUGUCGUUAAUUACAUUUGAAAACUAUACGUGGCAAACGUUAUCUGACCGAAUAUCAAAACUUAAUAUCAGCCCGUCAAAUUGCAGCGUGUAAACGUAUUUUUAAUAAGAACAAACGAACAAAGUUUGAAAUUAUUUCACCUAUAUAAAGUUUAUGUAACUUAAAUUGAUGAACGACACUGUAACCUCAAAUAUUGUGCAGUAUUGAGGCUAACAUUCGAGUUUUUUUGCUUGAUACAUUUUAUUGAUUAGCAAAUUAAUAACCAAUCAUGUUUGCUCCAAGAAAGGUAUGGAAUAUUUUACAAAACAAAUGUGAUAUUUUCUAAAAUGGCUUGUGAUCAAAUCAUUUAAAUGGAAAGUGUGCUAAAAUGAAUCUUGCUAUUUAAGCUACAUUGGGAGGGAGGCAGAGGAGGGGGACAGGGUGGGGGAGAGGGCAGGGCGGGGAAGCAAACUGGCUCAAAGGGGCUGUUUACAUGAUCCAGGUUUGCCGGGACGGCAUGGAAGGUGGGAUAACUUUGACGUAUUCAAAUAAGUCACUAUAGGCUUAAACGAGAGGUUCAAACUAAACGUUCAGAGUGUGGUCGAGAAGAUCUCAGAGUUCAAGAAGAUUAUUAUUGCUGCUUGAACAACCUUUCAUUUACAAUUAUAAUCUAUCACUAGAACAAUUAUAAUGUAAUUUUGCUGUCCUUAUUUCAAUACUCUAAAAUCCUCCAGUCUCACAUGUCCUCCCGACAAAGAGGGAUCAUGUAUAAACAGCCCCUUGGUGUUAUGUGGCCAUUUUCACAUUUUAGAAUUUGAUUUAUUUAAAACUAUCAUGUAGGAUUGUAGUGUUUUAAAGAGAUUAGAUCUAUAUUUUUUCCUUUUAAUCUAUCAGUUGAUUCCUAGGAGAUAAUAUGCACAAGAAAGGCAUGUAAAUGCAUACAUUAGCAAAUAAUUAAUAUGGCAAUCUCGUUCCCAGAGUAUGCCUGUUCACUACAUGACCCGCGAACAGGCAUACUCUGGGAACGAGAUUGUUAAUAUGGCGAGUAGAUUUAUUAAGGUGACUCCCCACUGUCUUUUGGCAACAGGAAAAUUUACAACUUAGGGUGGAUUUUUGAACGAUUGGUACUUGUUGAUAAGGGAAUAGUAUAUGUGAGCUAUAGAAAAUACGAGAGUAUGGUCGUGAGUUAGGUCCGUGAGUCGGCCUUAAUUUAACGGCCGUUGAUUUAUUUUGUUAGUCGUUUUCGAUUAGUUAAAAUAAUUAUUUACAACUCAGUUUUAAAAAAUCGCCAGUGUUUAGCAGUUUUUUAAUAAUUAAUAAAUUGCGAUUAAAACAUUUCUGUGUGGAUUUACUUUGCUCAUAAAUUUGAGUAAUUUUACUCAAUAUUUUGAGUCACUGUCGGUGCAAUAUUCUACAAACGGGAUACGAAUCGCGUCCGGUGUGUCUCGGCCAACUUUUUCGCGGCGAAUGUUUUGGCUGACCAAUCACAUUUUCGCUUCGCGCAAACAAAAUUCGCUUAGUGAAAAACGGGCUUAAGGUCAUAGAGAUUAUAAAUAACACUAGAGGAGGCAUUGUAAUCUUAAUUCAGUAAGAAAAGGGAACACGGCUAUUGGGGCGGGGGGGGGGGCAAAUUUAAGUCCCGGAUGUGUAUUCAUGUUUCCAUUGGUGACGAGUUUCAAAUCAGCCAAUCAGAGCACGAUUUUAUUUCCGGGACUUGAAUUUGCCCCCCAUUAUCUGCGUUCCCAAUUUUUAACUUCGAUGCCUCCUCUAGUGUUAUUUAUAAUCGCUAUGCUUAAGGUCGUGUGUCGUGAGCAAAAGGUCGUGUGUGUGAUGGGUAUAAAAGUCGUAAAAUGCGCUAAAAGCGCACGAAAUUAUUAUUUUUCUACCGAAGUUAAUUAAUUUGAAAAAAUCCCUUUUAAGCACCAACACACGUAUAAACCAGUCCAUAAUGUCUGACUGUGUAUGUAAAUAUGAGUGAAGUAUGGUAGUUGCGCAGUGCAAAAUGCCGUGAUCAAAAAGUAAUGUAUACCAAUCCAUCGCGCUUUUCACUUUGCGGAUUGGAGUUCUGACGUUGAAAAUUGCAUGCUGGGGAAUUUUUACAAGACUUCACAUUUCGUAAACAUUAAAACUACCGGAGGGAAUCCUCCUUAUCUCUUUUCCAACUUGCUCCAACUAUGGCGCUAAUAAUAGAGUUUUUAUUCACAACUUUUGUAUUGUAUUUGUAGUAUAUAAGUCCAGCGCCAUUUGCCGUGCCCUGUGAAGACGAUGACGAUUAUGAUCUUAAUAAACCAUUGUUAGUUGAAGAUAUCAGAGCUGGAAAAGGUUUUGUAUAUUAACAUUCUUUAUUAUAUAACACCUCCUUAAAUUCUGGUCAUUUAAUUGGAUGGUUAUGAUCACGUGAUAUACAAUGAAAAUUACUAUUUUACCGAGCGUGAAAAGGAACGCGCUCAGCGUGUAUUUUGUGCUAUUGCAUGAAUGAAAACAUUCAUUAUUUGUUUUAUAUAACACCAAAAUAAAGCCAUGUUGGUCGAUAUUUUACUGAAGUUAAAUACGAAACGAAUAUAUACCUGAGUUGAAUGUACAAUAUUUAAAAUUAAUAGAAAUCCAACAAAUAUGUCACAAGAAUGUUUGAGUGAAGGGUUUGAUGUACUGUAAUAGUGGCAAAACAACAAUGUCGUAAAAAUAAUAUUUUUUGUGAUUUUUACACCCGCCAUCUUGUUUCGGCCAAAUUAUGCAUUUGAGUUUAAUUUAAUCGGCCUCACUUACGAAGAUUUGAAUUACAUGAGCUACGACUAGGAUACGAUUAAGAUUUUGACGGAUGGAAUAUACUGAAAAUCAAACCGUGCAAUGUAAUAAAACGUAUAGUAAAAUAUUUUCAUUCGGUGAAAGAUGGAAUUUUCCACCGAAUUUUGUAUGCUAUAGUUCAUGUCUGUAUAUGCUUGGGUGAUGAUAUGCUAAUCCUGCGAUUUUCUGGAGCCUCAUGUCGAUACUUCGGUGACUUCCGUAGUAGUACAUUCAAACAUUAAUAUUCAGUGUGUUAGUAGUUAAUAAGUGUCCGAUUCCCAUCUGAAUAGAGAGCAAGUAUGUUCGUUUACAGUGAUGUUUAUUAAUUUUUGUUUUAGUGAAACGACCAAUAAGGAUAUAUAUGGAUGGAAUAUGUGACUUAUUCCACAGUGGUCAUUCCAAGGCAUUUCUGCAGGCGAAAAAUAUGUUUGAUAAUGUUCAUUUGAUUGUGGGAUGUAAGUGCUGUGAUAAUUAUGUAGAUGAUUAGUAAUGCAGAACAAUACAGUGUGUCAUGUGUACCUCAACUAUAGACUAUCAAGAUAUGAUGACAGGAAACCGGUAAACAGCAAAGUGCCAAAGUCAGAAAAUAGAAUUAAAGACCUUUGUUUGAUGUUGAACUGUAUCUCACCGUGCACAAAUCCUUUGUUUCGACUUCAUUUAAUAUUAUUCAUUCUGGUUGCACGUUUCACCUCGGCUAUCUCUAUUGGAAGAUUACUUCAUUAUACAUAAAUACAAUGAGCUCAAUCACCUUGACUGUCCACAAAUUAACAUAAGCUCAAACAAAAACAUAACGCAAUGACUUCUGUUUAAUUUCCAAGACCAUCAUAUCUUGAUAGACUGUGGUCAAAUAGUAUUCGUGAAACAGUUGCGUAAAUGAUUUGUUUGCGAGUUAUUACCAUCUGCAGUUUAUUUUAUAUAUGUCAUUCUUUCCCAGAAAACGUCUUUCUUAUACAGCGCCGCCUUCUUUCAGUCUGCGUCACCGAGAUUAACCUAAUCAGUGAACUCUAUAAACACUGGAACGAUAACUCCAGUUAAGCGACCCUAGUUUUUGGCUGAAGCCAAGAUGGCCGUCAAUAGAGUGAUCUCUUGUAGGUAUAAAACGCGCGUGUAUUUCGCGGGAGCUGAAAAUGACUUUUCAGCGCAAGGAUAUCCGGAGCAGAGCAACCAAUCAGAUUGUGCGAAAAGCAGUAUAGACCCAUUGCACUGACGUCACAAAUCCUUAGAGUGUCCUCCAGAUGCUCCCUAACAACAUUUGUUCGGGUACAACAACCACAUACAACGCAAAAAUUAACCAUUUUAAUACAAAAUUAUUAUAAACUUUUACAAAAUUUGUUUUGUUUACAAGAGUUAUAUUAUGCGUAGAUUGCUAAUUUGUCCUCCAGAUGGAUCAUCACUGGCGCCGUGACGUCAUGUGCGAUGGGUCUAUAUCAACCUCCCGAGUAUAUGCUAACACCGAUUAUUCAUAUAUUGUUUCAGUGUGCAGUGACGAAUUGACACACAAGUAUAAAGGUUUUACAGUAUUAUCUGACGAGGAAAGAUACGAUGCUGUCAGUCAUUGCCGAUAUGUUGAUGAAAUUGUCCGUGAUGCACCAUGGGUAGUCACACCGGAAUAUUUAAAGCGAUAUAAAGUAUGUGUAUACCCUUCUCCUUCUUGUAUUUAAAGAACAAAGCGCCAGGCCUUGUCCGCCAUGUUUGGGUGGCAAAGUGCGCUGGGACAGUAGACCAUAGAGAUUGUGAAAAAACCGAGGGACAAAUUGAAGCUUCCUAAUGUUAACAUACACGAGUCGGUUUCCUCCACAUUUCUUAUGAAUCCUUCAAAACUUAUAAUUUACCUACCUAUAUGCAAAAUCCAUACUGUGAUCACAGAAACAUUGAUAGUGUAAACCAGUCUUAGUGUCACGCCACCUGUGGAAAUCAGCUUCGGUUGACGGGGCUACUUUGGAUAAAUAAUGUUUUCUAUCUAUCUAUCUGUUUGUUCGCGAAUAAGCACCCUGGAAAGGCGAUUUUAAUAUUGAUAUAGUAUGCAUCAAGGAAACUGUCAAUUCUGUUACACUGAAAGUUAUGCAAUUUUGUUGGAAUGUAAUUCAGUUGAAAUAUGUAAUUCGGUGCAUUUUCAGGCUUUUCUAAAUUAAUUUGUAUUCAGUAUUCAUGCUAUUUAAAAAGAACGCAUUUGAAUGCGGAUUGACUUCAGCAAUCAAUCAUCUAAAAUAUAGGACAUUCGUCGUUUUUUUGCAGAUAGACUUUGUGGCUCAUGAUGAUGUGCCGUACAAAUCCGCUGACCAUGAUGAUGUUUAUAAAGAAAUCAAAGAAAUGGGCAGAUUUCUGGCAACCGAACGAACCGAAGGUAUCUCAACGUCAGAUCUCAUUGCUCGAGUCAUACGUGAUUAUGAUAAUUACGUGAGAAGGAACUUGAAGAGAGGCUACACAAGAGAAGAAAUGAAUGUCAGUCUCAUCAAGGUAUAUAAUUCGAUUUCUAGUCUUCUAUUUGUCCGUAUUCCCCGGCCUAAUUCCUGCAUGUGUUUAGCCAACUGUGUAGAUCACAUGAUUUCCGUCGGAUGGUAUAGAGCUUGCAUAAAUAUUUAUUGGAUGACGUUACGUCAGCGUUUUCAAAACAGAACGUUUUGGACACUGUUUUGUCAGACAGCCAUGCGUUGCCGAAAACUUGCGAAAUUUACAAAACGGUUAAUCAAAUAACUUGGGGGCGCUUUUAAAAAAUUCUUAACUUCUUAUGAACUGCCAUUUGUGUAAUUGAAUAAUAGCUAACAUCAGGCCUAGAAAAAAGAUUUUUCUUGGCAGCAAAAUCCAAAAAACAUUUCCUGUGUAAGUCAAUGUAAGACUUUCUGCAAAGCUAGGUUUGAGAUAGUGUGCUGUACUACUACCAGCAAUCUCCACACAUCAAUCUCCACUCAUCAAUCUCCACUCAUCAAUCUCCACUCAUCAAUCUCCACUCAUCAAUCUCCACUCAUCAAUCUCCACUCAUCAAUCUCCACUCAUCAAUCUCCACUCAUCAAUCUCCACACCUGGCAGCGGUGCUGCUGGCGCUAAGGGGCGGAUCUAGCCUCAUCUGCAAAGAGGGGUGCCUGUUUUCCAUGGGGUGGUGCACGAGGGAACCUUACUGCCCACUCUUUUCUGCAGUCUGCAACGCUACCAUGCAACAUUUCCAUUAUUUGAGAUGGCUGAAUUCGUCGUUCUGUUACAUUUUACAUUAUCUUUUGUUUAUAAAGUUUAUAUCGGCUUUUUAUCACGUAUACGUGACUGGACAGUUGCUGUAGCACAGUACAUACUAAAUAAAGCAUCCUGAGUAUUUCUCGUUAGCUCACAAAUCAACUAAAUCAUUUCAAGAAAUCGACACACGCUAACAGUAGAAGCUCCGCUAAUCGCUAUUCGAAAAGCAGAAAAUGUACGAUCAAGCAGAUUGUUUUAGGGUGAUGCUGGACUUCUCUAAGGGGGAGGGGCGGUGCUAGACACCACUAGGUGGGGUGCGCACAAUCUCGUUCCCCGAGCAUGCCCGUUCCCAGGUUAAGGGUGGACAUAGCUCUCGAGAAAUCGAAUUGAUUCACUUUGAAUUUUCAACGUGAGUUCUACCCAUGCUCAGCAAUUGUUGCAAAAUAUAAAUAAAGUAUUUAGAAUUUCUCGUCGAAAAUUUGAUACUUUUUACACUUAAAUCGGAUUGAAAACAACUAAAAAUUAUGAGGAAAUAUGUACGAAAGCUUCGGAUUGAUAGGGAUACAACUACCUGAAAAAUACAAGGAGAACUUCGACGUUUCGAGGGAAGGCGCUUCGACUUGUCACUUGUACUGUACUACUGUUAGUGUUUAUAUACAUCGUGCUCCACACCAGAGAGUGAAAGCCAUCUUCCAAAAGUUUUUAUUUAUAAAGCUUAAUGUCCCAUAAUAUGGGAAAAAUGUUAUUAUAAUACAAGAAAAUGGAACUAAUUAUGUGCAGAUUUAUACUGAUAAAUGUCCUCAAGAAUGAGUAUUAUAUAUUUUCAUGCUUUAAUUAAAAUUUACAUUUAAAUCUCCUGACAGAAUUUAUGGUAUACGUAGUGUUAACUGUUAAGUACGACAAUAUAAAAGGUCAAGUACUAUAUGUACAAACAUUAACAGCACUGAGUCGAAGCGCCUUCGCUCGAAACGUCGAAGUUCUCCUUGUAUUUUUCAGGUAGUUGUAUCCCUAUCAAUCCGAAGCUUUCGCACAUAUUCCCUCCAGAAUUUCUAGUUGUUUUCAAUCGAUUUCCGUGUAAAAAAGUAGCAAAUUGUCGACGAGAAAUUCCAAAUACUUUGUUUAUAUAAUUUGCAACAAUUGCGAAACAUGCGUAGAACUCACGUUGGAAAUCCAACGUACUAUCUGCCGUUAGCCAAUCACAGGCCUGAAUCAAUUCGAUUUCUCCAGAGCUAUGCCCACCCUUAACCUGCGAACGGGCAUGCUCGGGGAACGAGAUUGGGGUGCGCACCCCUGCUGGCGCUGCCGGACACUUUCCAGCCCUGGCUAACAUUAGUAAUUAAGUCGGUUAUAUAAUUGCAAAAUUCAUUAAUAAUUUGAGUUAAAAAUGCAAAUCUGUCCCUCACAUUUUUGUUUGGUAGAAUAUACUAAGAAUCGUUCUUACUUGUAUCCCAUUAGGAGAAAGAACUAAAAGCAAAGGCGAAACUGGGCGAGAUUAAAGACAAUAUCAUUCAGAAGUGGGAGGAAAAAUCACGCGAUAUUAUUGGUGGAUUUUUAGAUAUGUUUGGUCGUGAUGGAAGACUGGUAGGCCUUUACAGAUCUUAUUUUCCUUAUGAUGAUGACGAUGAUGAUAGUAAUGAGGAAUUAGAGAAACGUUAAACAUCUUUAACCUUUUUCAAGCCAAAUCCAUUCCAAACUAAAACAUACUCCCAUUAGAAGCGCAGGUCAAGGUAAAACAUUUUCUUGGGUCAUAGAACUCGCCGGCAUUAAAAAAGAAGGGAUGAAUCAAUAUUUUCACAGCUGGGGUUGCUACCAAAAGAGAAUAAAAAACACUGAAUAAAAACAAAUUAAUGAACGGCUCCUCAUAACCCUUCCAGAAAUUACGUCACCUUGGUAAUAGAGCCUCGUUUUCGUGAUUGAGGCGCUUUAACACGAAAACGAAGCUCUAUAGCCAAAGUGACAUACUGAAGGGUGUAUUUUGGAAAAGGCUGGAAUGGAGACCCAAUAGACCUUAUGCAGAAUAACGUCACAAGGCUUGAUGCCCGCGAGGAAUGCUGGUCUUAGUAGUCAUCGCCCGGGAAAAUUUCGAUAGUGGCCAUUUUGAAUUGUUUAAUUUCCCCGUGCGAUGACUACUAAGACCAGCAUUCCUCGCGGGCAUCAAGCCUUGUGACGUCAUUAUGCAUAAGGUCUAUUGAUUCAUGUCUUUACUUCGUGACCUACGCUGCCACCACUUCCCAGCCAAAAAGCUUGGAAGUUUUUUUUAUCACAUUCGUUAAAAUCGUUCUUAAAUUCGAGUGUUAUGUGCAGUAAUGUAUGUCUUGAGUAUCUAAAUCGCAACAUUUAUACCUACUGUAAUAAACUCCAAAGUUAAAAUGAUCGUAAAAGUUAAAAAUUAUCUAACCGAAAGCGUCGUCUAGUAAUGCUAAACAUAAAUAGAAUAAACUAAGUAACUAACAUGACAGCCGUUCUCGAGUACGUAUAAUUGAUUAUUAUUAAAUAUCACGUAAAGUAUAUAAAAUUAUUUAAUACUAAAAGUUAGUUAGCAUUGUCAUAAAAUAUUUUAAAUUAAUAAAUGUUAAACUUCUAACAUUAAACGAAGUGAUGUUAAAGUAAAAAGUAAAUCAAUAAAAUUUAACAAAAUGUAAAAAGAUAAAAAUGAACUAAACAGAAAAAUUAAUUUAACAACUACAUCGUGAGCUGUCGUUUAAUGUCUCAAUCCGUGCUACCGAAUUAUUCAAUUUUCGUUUUCUCGUUCCCAGUUCCCACGCGAAAAAUGCAUUUCCUAGCAUGCAGUGAGCUCAAUAAAUUCGACUUUCUUCUGCUGUCGUCUCCGUUUAUAAAGUUUGAGUUGUGAAAGUUAAUGAAACUGACAAAGGACUGGCAUUGACUGAACCGGGUGUCCCCCCCCCCCAAAAAAAAAAACUAUGCACUGUUUGAUUUAAUAUAGCAGAAAAACUAUAUAGAACAGCUGUCUUGAUCAAUUUUAUCGUAUCCAGAAAGGGCUGAUAUAAUACAACAAUAUUUUUAUGCAAUAUUUACGAGAUAUCAAUGUUUCGAACAAGAAGUUUUGACAAUACAAAAUAUUUGCAUAAAAUGACCUAUUGUUUCUGCGUGGAUAAACUAGAAUAUGUCACUUUAGUUGUGGUAACAACGAAUGGACGGCAUAUUUGUUUCAAAUAUCAAUAUUUUAUCAAUUGAAAAAGGUUGCGAGGUUGCAAAAUUGUAAAUUUAAUGGCAAGUAAUUUGAAAUUUAAGUUGGCUUCAAUGAAAUAGCCAAUAAUUAUGAGCGAAUGGCAACUGUACUGAAAUUAGUUUAAUAGGCCAUUUUAUGGAAUUUAUUAGCAUUGUCAAAAAUGCUUGUUCGAUUUAAAACAUUGAUAUCUAUAGUUAGUUUUGCAUAAAAAUAUUGUUGUACAGUAAUAUAUUGCAAUUAAAAUGGUUAUUGUCUUAUAAGUGUUUUAUGUAACCAAAGAUGCCAACCAUGCAGGCAUGUAGCAAAUAAAUUUUGGCGUUCUCUUAUAAUAUAUGGAUAACAAUAGGCCUUCACAGUAGUUUUUUAGAUGUUGCUACGGUACUCUGAGUCACCGCACACUGGUCGGACAAGCGGGAAAUUGCUUGACCGCAUGCGAGCUACGAGGUCAAGUUGAUUCGAGUAAAUCCUUCGAUAUCUUAUGAUUGUGGUAUUAGAACUCAGGUAAGUUAUAUUAGCUGACGCGAGGGCGCUGUAAAACACAGCGCGCUGUGUUUUAUUACGCCCUGCUGUUGCCGAGUAACUCCCGCAUAGAUGACGACACUCUGAGUGGCUCUCGUGAGUGGCUAAUUAAGAUCAUAAGAUUUAGCUGGAUUUAUGCAGAUAUUGAAGAAACUAGACUAUAAGUUACAAAAUACCAUCUGCUCGAAUGUCUGCACUAUAUAGUUUCGAUUUCAUUUUGACUCCCAGCACCCAUUAGUUGAAUUACAGUGUACGUGAAUAUCAUUAAAUAACACUUUACAUGUAUGCCAAACACUAUACAUGCACUAUAGUUUGAAUGAUCUUAAAUUUAAUUCAUUGUGUUUUCUUUGCGAGGGAUCGAUAAAUCAGGACACAGCCUAUGGUUAACCAAUUCUAUUAUGAAAAUUGAUUGCUACUUUUUGCCCGCCAAACAUGGCAUUUGCAUGGUUGGGAAAACUUUAAUUUGGUUGGAGAAACUUUAAUUUAAUUUUUCCGGCAAAUGUCCGACCGUUAGUUGAGGCUCGGUGUGUGUAUCGUAUACUAAUAGUAAAGAGAGGUAUAUAUCAGCACAUUAAAUGUUGGUUUGGAUACGAUAGUGAUUGAAAAUUCUUUAUGCUCGUUCCUGCGAGUAUUUGAUUUUCUGGGCCGAAUUUCCACCUCUUUGAAAUUUUCCCCCUUCCUAAACACAAUAGGUGCAGUCAUUUUUUACGGUCGAUGCGUGUCACGAAACUAUUUGGUUUUUGAAUUAGGUUAAUCAACCAUAUAACAAAAGAACGCAAACUUUUUUUGAAGUGUUUUUGUUUCCAUGCUUCGUUUUGGAGAUAUUUCGACUUCUGUGAUAUCUAACCAGGGCCUCCCUUUUUUAGCUUGGGGCUCUGGGCAAAAUGUCCACCGCCCCCUCCCCUCCUACUCCCCCUUCUCGACCGCCCUUGUCAUGAGUUAUCUAUUUGAACAUCACACAAGUCGAAAUAUCUCAACGACGAAGCACGAAAACAAAAAUCUUCAAAAGAACUGACUUUGGAGUGUUACGAACUUUUUUUAAGGUUAUUGUUUUUUUAACAAGUUUGUUACCGCAAAUUUUAUUACUGAAAGUGAUUCUUAAAUUAAUGAAAAGGGGUCAGUGGUUCCAACGGCUCUCUACGAUAUAAUAUUUUUGGAUAUGGACACUAACACAGCGACACCAAACACUAAAAAUAAUAAAUAAAUGAACAAUCGCCUCCAUGGAAUAGAUUUAAGAAUUUAGAAAAUGAGUGCAAAGGAAAAUGGCAACAACGUGUUUCCCUAAGUUGAAAGAAUGCUAAGAUUAUUUACAAAUCCUCCCAAACUAUUUUAGUUUUUGAGAUAUUUGAAACCAAAAUUAAAACAUCCUGCCAUCCGCCAUCUUGUUUUAUAAUUAAUUAAAUGACGUCAUAAGGGUAGACAUGAUAAAAAUAAAAAUAAAUUUUCAGUGGAAAGUUUCUACAUAGCUUGUGCUUCAAUUUUAAAAUAGGCAACAGUAAGAAAGAAUUUGCGAUCAUGAAAUGGCCUGAGAAUUGCUCAUGAUACCGAAUAAUUUUACCCUGGUUGUGAUAAUGAUUUUGUUUGAAAUGAAGUGUAAUAUAUUUUAUACCAAGAACGAUAUAGAAAAUCUGUAAAGAGGUUUUGAAAUAUAUUGAAUCUCUCUUCCAAAUGGGAGAAACUUAAUUGUUAUCGUUAUUUCCCUUUAAGCAGGAAAAGACUGCUAAAACUCUUACACCUUAUCAUGGCUUUUAAGCAAUGACAUUGCUUUUUCUUGAUAGAAAACAUGGCUGGAAGAUAAAUCCGUGGACAUGCAGACUGUCAUCUCUAGAGCGCUUUCACCUUCACCCACACAUUCAGGAUCAAUGGAUGAAUUCAGUUAUGAUCCCGAGAUCAGUGGAGACGAUUCUGACACCGAAGCAACAACAAGCAAAAGUCAAGAUGUUCAAAUUGACGAUGACAAUAGCGACGACUCACCUACUACUAAAAUAAGUCGUAACUAACGCUAUUUUCUUGUUAUGCCGUAGGGAUCGGUCAUUAUUUAUGGGAUCGGUCAUUAUUUAACUGGGGGGGAGUCGUCACCGAAGAGAACUGUUUUUCGUGGUGAAAAUGUUGCUGACCCAACCAUUAAAAAGUCAAACCUUCUUUACCAAACCUCAAAUAUUAAUUAAAAAUAAAUAGCCACACCUGCGAAGAAAAAAAAACGUUACAAAAGGAUACCAUUCAGUUGUUACACAUGUCCUUUACAACUUCUCUGACACGACUUUGAUUCUGAAAUUCUCUGGAGUCUAAAGUUUCAUGAUGUCUGCACAUGUACUUUCUUUAGAGACACCAUUUUCCUCCGAGAAAUCGGAAAGUGAUCAAGGUAUUGACUCUGAUUGAUAUACAUAUUACAUUGACAUAUAACUGUUGUCGUUGGUUUUUAAUUUUCAAUAUUUGAUUGAGUCGUGUCUUGGAAAUGACAAUAUAUUAUUUUGUUUUUCAUUUACCAAACCUUUUACUCACCCAACCAUUUUCUCUUCGGUGCCCCCCCCCCCCUCCCCAUCAAUAAUGACCGGUCCCUUAACUAACGUUUUGAUUACGUCAGUGGUGGGGGUAGCCUUAUAAAAUCACUUCUAAUAAGUUAAUGAGUAACAAUCAAAAGUUGUUUACUUAAAAUUUGUUCGAUCCGAAAUUUGAAAUAGCAACCGAAAAUCUCGAUUUUGGUAACCUGCGAUGAAGACUCUAUAAUUAUGGAGUCUGCAUCGCAGGUUACCAAAAACGAGUUUCUGGUUUAUAUUGAUCACUGGUGUCAAGAUAAAAUUAUCCAAGAUGGCUGACAGCUCAUUGCUUUCAGUCAAAAUAUUACAAGAAUCAAGCAAGAUCUGUAACAAGAUUUUAGAAAUAAUUUUAAAUGUCCUUUCAAAUGAGACAAUAACCAUUUUUGUUGCUAUUUACAACAGACCGCAAGCUGUAAACUUCAAAUCGUAUUUUGAGGUAAACACUGUUCGCUAUAUUAAAAUUGAAGCAUAAGUAGGCAGCUGCUUAGCUGCAGAAAACUAGUAGAACUUGCUUUCAAAUGCGAUUCGAAGUUUGCGGUUAGCAGUUUGCUGUAAACGUCAAUUUGUUGGUCUCUAUAUAUUGUUAAUUUCGACGUGAUUAGCCUGAUAGGUGUAGGUAAUAAUGCUAUGCACAGUAUAAUGUACAGUUAAUUCCACAUGGGCAUGGCAGCUUCGAUUGAUCAACGAGGCCAAUAGAUAGAUUUCUUAGUUGGGCAGUAAUAAUAACACAAUUAUUUAAUUAUAAUAUUAUUCUUUAUUAUAUACAUGCAGGCUGGCUCAGUUACAACAGCUGUUAUAAUUUGAGGACCUGUUUAACUUAAUUCACAACGUCAAAUAAAAGUGGUCAUACAGUAUAUAUUGUGUACAAAUUUUAAAAGUUCGUAAAAGUCUAAAAAUUGAUUACAUUUAAAGAAUAAGAUAAUCUAUUGUAUGUUUAUGGUUAAAAUAAUAAUAAAGAAUGUUCUUCCAUAAGUUCCUGUGGAAGUUUGUUAAACAUCAACGCAAUCUCGUUCCCCGAACCUGCGAUCCUCGGGAAGGAACGUGAGGCUCUGGGAUAAUCCGUUUCAGGGAGGAAUCUGAUUGGCCGUUGAUAUGGAAUGC